ACCAAAAAAUUCGUAGGGGUUGGGAUAGGAAAAUCAUUUGUUCUGUGCCACUAAGAAAGUAGAGAGAGAUAAGGAGAGGCGGUUCAUUUGGUUUUUGGUCAAGAGAAAAAAAGUCGCCUCUGCUCUAUAUAGGAAGAAUAAAUCUCCCCGAUCUCUCUCUCGUCCUCCGCCUUGUAACCGGUUCCCUUCCUUUCCGAACCCAGAUUCCUCAAGCUUCCUCCCCGUUACUCAGGUUGGUAACUGAAAGAAUCCGAACUCUCCCCGUCGCUUCUGGUUGUGGGUUGUGAAUUCAGAAUUGUCUUUCUUGCAAUUGUUCUGGUUUGAUCGAAAAGGCUGCAUCUUGAUUUAGGUUUCUUGAGCUUUUUUUCCCCUUUUAUCUUGGAUUUUGUUUACGGGUUGAUCUUGGUCAGAUCCUCUUUCAAUCCUUUUGGGGCGUGCUGGAUUUUAGGGUUUUUGCCAUCCAUGAUUUCUUUUUUCGAUUGGAAUUGAGGGCGUGUCAGAGUUGUUCGUUUAUAUGUUAACGUCGUUUCUCGUGGCCCGCGAGAUCUGCUGUAGCUUGCGGGUUUUAUGGAUUGGCCAAUCCGCUGUGUAGGUAGAGGGUGGAUAUUGGACCUGAUAGAUGAAUGAGUUUGUGGGUGCUAUAGUUGGUAUGGAGAGGAACUUUCUGUCACUGGGUUAUAUUGAGAUAAUGUUAGUGACUGCUGAUAGACUGAUAGUAAGCUGAUCUGAUGGGAUUGAGAUGAUUAUCUAUUUUUGUGAAUCGUAGAGUUAGUUCAUUAUGUUCUGGGAUUUGGAUCUAUAGCUGCAGUUUUCUGACUUAUAGGACUUUUUUCAUGUUUUGUGGUUUGAUUCCAGCAUUUGAAGGCUUAUUCUGCACAAGGGCAUUGUAUUGGUUCUGCUCUACUCAUUCAAUCCAAGGUUCAUGUCUGAGUUUGACAAUCAAAUUCCAUCUGCAUUUGACCCUUUUGCUGAUGCAAAUGCUGAGGACUCUGGUGCGGGUACAAAAGAGUACGUUCAUGUGCGCAUACAGCAGCGAAAUGGGAGGAAAAGCCUGACUACUGUGCAAGGGUUGAAGAAAGAGUUCAGCUACAACAAGAUACUCAAGGACUUGAAGAAGGAGUUCUGCUGUAAUGGUACAGUCGUCCAGGACCCUGAGUUAGGCCAGGUCAUUCAGCUUCAGGGCGAUCAGAGGAAGAACGUCUCCACAUUCCUUGUGCAGGCUGGGAUUGUUAAGAAGGAGAACAUCAAGAUCCAUGGUUUCUAAAAGUUGCAAGAUAAGCGAGAUCUUGUUAUCUACCUAGUAGACUUUCAAGUUGUUUAGAAGGAAAAAGGGUGAAGAAUCUCACAUGUGUGUGUGACAGUUGGGACGGAUUGAAAGUUUGGGGGAUAUCAGUACUGUCUGGAAUUUGUUUGCUUUUUAAGUUUGUGCUGUGUGGCUGUCUUAAAUCGUCAGCAAGUGAAAACCAGUUUUUGGUUGUGGUGGUGUUAUAUGUGUCUUCAGACUUGCUGGAUGUUUUAUGGAGUGCCGUCAUUGCUUAGUGAUUGGUUCCCAGAAUAAAAAAUGGUGGUCUCGUAAUCCCUGUCUAGUUUUCCAUUCUAUAUUUAUCACAUCUCCAUGGAUGAGAUGCAAAGAGUCGGUCGACUUUAAGCUUACUUGGAGGUUGUCAUUUGAUCAAUGGUACUGUACAACCGUCGCUGUAUCGAUUGGUCAAUGUGGUCCGAUCGUGCUUUUAACCAGGUUUUUGCAUCGCUCUCCUUGUUUUGAUAUUUGAUCUUGCAAUGCUACUAGAAAAUAAUUGAUCAUCCUUUUCUUUUUCUGUGCGAUGCCAAACGCAUCACAUGGCUGGGGUGGCUACUUGCAGUUGCAACUACGAAGUCUGGAUCUGAAAUGCUCAUCGUUUUCUUGAUGGCUUCGUAACCAGUACCCAAUACGAGAAUUGCCUAAAUAUCAUUUGUUCCCCUGUUCUAGGCUCAGUAUGAUGUUAAGCUUGAAGUGCGUGAACUCUCAAUAGAUUUGUAUAUCAGAUUCAUGGGAGAAUUUGUGGAUUGGAUUCAAUAGAUUUGUGUCUUAAGUUGGUAUUAAUAAAUGUAAUUUGUCGACAUGAAUCUAGAAAUAAUUAAACGCACACCUGGGAUAAUAGAGAAUUGCAGCAAGGUAAGUUUAUUCCACCCUCAAAUCUGCAAAGGCAACCUGCUGUUGCAGAAGCUCGGCCGGGAGCACAAUUUAAUUCACCGGCUGAUAUGAUGAUGAAUUCAUCAAUCUAAUUCACCAAUCCAUGAUUUGGAUUUUACUUACCACCUCUAAUUCAGUUUUACAUAGAUUAUAUCCAGUACUAGGUGGUUAUUUUUGGUGUUAUUUAUCGUGGAUGGUUUCAGCCAGAUGGAUAGAUCUUCUACUUAUUUAAUCUGAGGCUAAGAUCAAGAUCAUGUGACUAGGGGGAGGAGGAUGACAUAGUGACAUAACUAAAUAAAUCUUAGCUCUUCCACUUCAGUAAAAUUCAAUGACUAUGAUUAAUGUAACUUAAUGAAAGACAAUGCAAUGA